CGCAGGCGCGCCGCGGGACCGGCGCGGGAGGCUGGCUGCAGGUCGCGAUGCCUUACGCCAACCAGCCCACCGUGCGGAUCACGGAACUCACCGAAGAGAACGUCAAGUUCAUUAUCGAGAACACGGACCUGGCGGUGGCCAAUUCCAUUCGGAGGGUCUUCAUCGCCGAGGUGCCCAUAAUAGCCAUCGAUUGGGUUCAGAUUGAUGCCAAUUCCUCAGUCCUUCAUGAUGAGUUCAUUGCUCACAGGCUUGGAUUGAUCCCCCUCACUAGUGAUGACAUUGUGGACAAACUGCAGUACUCCCGGGACUGCACGUGCGAAGAGUUCUGCCCUGAGUGCUCCGUGGAAUUCACUCUUGACGUGAGGUGCAAUGAAGACCAGACUCGCCACGUUACCUCUCGGGAUCUCAUCUCCAACAGCCCUCGGGUUAUUCCGGUGACAUCCCGGAACCGGGAUAACGACCCCAAUGACUAUGUGGAGCAGGAUGACAUCCUUAUUGUCAAGCUGAGGAAGGGCCAGGAGCUGAGACUUCGAGCCUAUGCCAAGAAGGGCUUUGGCAAGGAACAUGCCAAGUGGAACCCUACUGCAGGGGUGGCUUUUGAAUAUGACCCAGACAAUGCACUUAGGCACACGGUGUAUCCCAAGCCCGAGGAAUGGCCAAAGAGCGAGUACUCUGAGCUUGAUGAGGAUGAGUCUCAGGCUCCCUAUGACCCCAAUGGCAAGCCAGAGAGGUUUUACUACAAUGUGGAGUCCUGUGGCUCACUGCGCCCUGAAACCAUUGUCCUCUCAGCCCUCUCUGGGUUAAAGAAGAAGCUGAGUGACUUACAGACUCAGCUAAGUCAUGAGAUCCAGAGUGACGUGCUCACCAUAAACUAGCCACAGCUCACCCGCUGCAGAAGACUAGGUUCAAGGUGACCACUGGACUUCAAGUCUUGAGAAGCUUUCUGGUUUCAAGGCUCUGGACUGCAGUUGCUCAAGCUUCCCGGAGAGAUUGCCAGGGUUCCGCUGGUAUUAGGCAAGGCAGUUUUUCACUAGGCAUUUAGCAUCCCUGGCCUACCUUGUUGAUCACUGUGGUAUUCCUCAGAACCCCAGACAUCCCUUCCAACCUGUUUCCUAGCUCACUAGCAAUAGGGGCCCUAUUGCUUCCUAGUCGAGAGCUGACUUAGAUACCUGGUCAGUCCAGCUGUUUAAAUCUCUGUCCAGGGAGAGGAGCUUUCACAGCCUACUUGGCUUCUGGUGUUGGGUCAGGGUCCGGGCCAGCUUACUGGUGUCCCUAAGCUGAGAUGUCACCCUUUGGGACUAGUUUUAGAUCCUGGCCAUCCUCUCUGUCCACAGGUGAACUCGCUGUUUUAUUCUCUGACCUGACUUGGGGGGGGGGGGGGGGGAGGCAUGACAGGCCCCUCCCACAUUUCCUUUCUCUUCAGUGAAGUUCAGGCCCUGCCCUAAGCAGGUCUCCAGAUAGGAACAAACCUGCCCACCAUGGUUUUCAGGCAGCCUGGGGAGAAGCCCACACCAGCACAGAAAGGAAAGGAUAUUUAUUGAUCAACAGUAGUUAUCUUUUUACAAGUUUUUAUUUUUGGCAAUAAAGAGCACAACAUAAUCUCC